AGGUAAAGCCCUUAGAUUUGGUGGUUCAGCAGCGGCACGGAAAGAGAUCAUUCGCAACAAAAUCAGAGCCAUAGGAAAGAUGGCACGCGUCUUCACUGUUCUCAGGGAAGAGAGUGAAAGUGUGUUGACAUUGAAGGGUCUGACACCGUCGGGUAUGCUGCCAGUCGGCGCCCUCUCAGGCGGGAAGAGGACAUUGCAAACAGCGAUCGGUCAGAAGAUCAGUGGCUUUGAGGAAGCCAAAGGCCUGGACAAGGAGAACGAAAAGAUGCCGCCGAGGAAAGAUGCACCUCCCCCACCCAACAACAAAGGAUCGUAAUGACCCCCCUCUCAUCGUGUUCCCCCUUCCUCUAUUAUCAGGAUGACACCCUUAUCUCUUGUCCCAUUCAUCACGACCUGGUAGUCUCGGCUACCCUCGUGAUACUCUCGGCUCUUUAGCGUCAUCAUUAAACCCCCGUUAUGUCAGAGCCAGGAACAUUCCUUUGUAAGCGUAAUACAGAUCCCUGAUGCUCAUAGACUCGUAUAGUGAGAUAAUCCUUUCUUUUAAAUGGUCCCUGACCUGUUGGCCGGAGGAACUGGUGUCGGAGAGCCUUUGAGAAUGAAAGACUUUGGUUGUCGGCAGGUUUGUGGGUGGACCCAACAUUGGGAAUGUCCUGACUGGUAUCAUGCAACAGGCUCAGACGGUUCCCAUCCCACUGAAAGACAUUGGCAGUUCUCGCUUUAAGUGGGACCUGGGUGCUGCACGAGGUCCCCAGCAUUCCGAGAAAGACGUCGCGAGUUGAGACAGUGACGACUCAUCGAGGCAGGGGACCUGACCUGGAUAUCCUCAACAGGAAGUAGAGGUAACCACAUCGUAUCCCAUGAUUCAUCCAGGGACGCCCGACAUCCGUCAGAAGCAGGGUAUGGUUAAAGGGAUGCGAUCAGCCCCAGGUCUCACUCCGCAGCAUUCAACGAGUCCUGAACCUGUUGCCUUCGAGAACAGGAUAGGUCAUGUACUGUACAAAGGCAAUGAAGAUCUACAGAAUCUUGUAAUCAUAGGGUCUUUAUAUCCAGUGCAAGACACCAACCACAAAAUGUUCAUCUUGUGUGUUUGUUCAAACUGUCAAUGAAGUCAAAUUGGAAUGUUACCAUACAAUUGUACAAUUUCAAGUUUACAUAAUUUAGGAAUACGUUAGUAAAGCAAGAUGUAAUGUGCCCACAUAGCAUUGACUCAUAUGGUUCAAUUCAUGCAGCGUGAAUUGUUCAUUUCUUUGGGAAAGUUCUUUACAGAUCCACCCAGGUAUGGAUGGAGGAAGAGAAUCAUAGAGGGAAUUUUGUCAUUUGUUGCAGUGGUUUUUAUUGCACAAGGUCACAUUUUGCACCAAUACAUAGAAUAGCAUUGUUGAACUUGUCUCAUUUGAAGGUACUGAAGCGACCGCCUCAUGUUUGUGACAUUGUGAUAAGCUGUUUUUUGGUCACCAUUCAGGAUAAAAAGCACCAUUUUUAAAGUGUGCAAUUGAAUUAUCAGGAAAGGACUUGAUAACAGAAAGCUUAUUGAUUCAAUUGAUCAUGGGAAUUAAGAAUAAAAGACAUAAGAAAAAAAUAUCAGCCGUUUUAGAUACUCUCUUGAAUUUGUUAACAAAUAAAGUUCACAAAUUAAGAAUAAGUCAUACCCACGUCCAUCAAAGAUUGCAGCCGUUUUAGAUACUCUCUUGAAUUCUGUUACAAAUAAAUUUCUGUGACAAAUAAAUUUCCCGAAGGUACCCUUCAAAUGAAAUAACAAGGAUCUGAACAAGUAAGGUUUUUGACCUCCCCUCCCUUCUGGUUCUUGUAUAACUGAAGGUAUGACUCAUUCAGUGUUUCUAUGGUAGGGAUUACAAAAGAACGGGAUACGAUGGCUUUGAUGUUGAGGAUGUCGGCUCUGAUAUUGUUGGAGCGGGUUGUCGGGUCGAUCAUUUGCUGGAAAUUGUUUAUGUAGAGUGUAACCUGUAUAUAAAGAUCCUCCAAGGGAGAAAUGAACGGUGGUCAUAUGAGCAGGUGGUCUUAAGAACAGGUUCCUGCAUUAUACUAGGUAACCGAUCUUGGGGUCUUUAUAGAGAUGUGGUUACAGGUCACAGGAGGCAUUGUUAAAAAGCAGGUAUGACUUCGGUAUGCAAUCUAGUCUGUUCACUGGACUAUGUAACUUCUGAUUCCUCAAGAGCAUUAUGCUGCACAUUUUGGAUGUCACAGAUAAGCCAAGAAUGAGUAUCCCUCGUUAAGAAAUAUGUAAUGAUAGUCGUAUUAUGAUCUAAAGUGUAUCAAGACAUGUUUAUACAUCUUUUGAACACAAUACUUUGUUACUUUAGUUGUUCCAUGUAACGGUACGAUGAGGAAAAUGGGGGUCCACAAACUAAGGCUGAUCAUUUAACCCUUUGCAAUUCACUGCUUGGUGGGUUCCGUAUGAAGUCUAUCCAAAUUGACAGCACUAAGUGAAGAGGUUCAAACAUAACCCCAGAGUAAAAUUAGGUUUUGAAGCUUUAUACUUCAAGAUCCUAGUCUUAACUACAGCAAACAUUUCAAAGCAACGUGGAGCAUUAUUACACCUGUUGAUUACUAUUGUCCAUUAAUUUCCUGGUAAUAUACGCUACAUUAUAUAGGGACUUCAGAUACAAUAAAUGUACAUUCUAUGUCAUUCAGAAAUUGACUAAUCUGUGUUAUUAUUAAACACACGUAUAAUCUUAGAAUAAAUGUGGAAUAUAUACAUUUAUAUAUGAAUAUAUAUAUAUAUGAACCUAUAUCCUACAGACUAUAAAAUGAGAUUCAUUUUUUAUGUUGGAAGUCAGGUGCAGAAGGUUGUUCAUGGAUGUGGUUCCAGUGCAGAAGGUCUUUAAUAGUUGUUUAUUGAAACAUGAGUGCGUUAAGGACCUUCUGCCGCUGGUAUUGAAUGAACUCGCGCCUUUCUGACUUACGUUGGGUGUGUUGGUGUAAAUAGUUGUACAUUGUAGAAGCACUUUUUGCAUGUUUAUAGUCAGCUGAAUGGCGUAGUUUUAGAUUCUCAUUUUCAUUCAUUCAUUGUUUUAUUCCCACCCCUCUCCAAAUUAUUAUUCUUAUAUUAUUACAGAAAUAUCAAACUUCAUUUGAGAUGUAUGUGACAUAUGAUGAUGAAGGUCAAAGGUCAUGCAGGUCAUGACCCUCGCUCAUUUGCAUACUGCACAGCAAGCACGCACUGUGCACCACUGCUUAUAUUCUUUACUUUUAACCCAACGUAGAUACCUCUUUGCGUUGUUAGGGCGGUAAACCUGCCUCAACUGCAUGUAUAUGUAAAAAAAAAACGAAAUCGCUACUUGCAUCAAAGUAAUUACUUAAAGAGAGAUUAUUGAUAAAGAUUGAAGAAUAUUAAUAUAAAGGAAAUUUUCUAGAAUAUUGAUUUCUAUUGUAUGAUUUGCAGGUCAAAACAAUGAAACAGUAUUUGAUGAUGAUAAAUAAAUUGCUGUUUAUAUCAAGCUCAACUUUUUUUUUGAAAUGUAGCAAUAGGACAUAUGUUGACAUUGCACUGAAACAAAGGAGCUUCUAGUGCUGGAGUCACAUCUGGCUUUUUCCUUCUGAAGCCUCUACAAUGUGAGGAAAAGUGAGAGGCAUAAAUAUGCACUUAAUAAUAAAUAGAUAGGAACAAUAUUGAUACUUAUUAAUGGUGGAGAAUCUGUAUUCAGCUUUACAAUGAAAUUGGCAUAACAAAAUACAAGACUUGAAAGGUAGUGGGGCGAAGAAAGAUUCUCUUGCAAACAUUUUCCGAAAGGUGUAGCUGCUUGAAUCUACCGGUUUCCAGUUACCACUCCAGCUUUUGAAGCUCCCUGCUAUAAAAAUAAUCAAGACAUCUCUUGUUUGCUAGUCAUCAACUCCAUAGUCAGAACAUUUCACAAUGCAAAGCUUUAAUCUAAGAUGAUUAGAAGCAUUGGUUUCACCCAAAACCUGUGGUUUUCAUUGCAUAUUUCAUAUGUUCUUUAUAUGUGCCAAGUCAAGCUAUUUACGCCCCCCCCUCUUCACACCACCACAUUCUGUUCACCCCCUGGGGGAGUUUUUCAUGAAUCAUAUAUUCAGGAAUUUUCAAUGACUCGUUCGUUCUCAGCCAAUCAGAAGCAAGGAUUUCGGUAGCUUAUAACAACAGUCAGUGAAUAUCACUGACCACUUGUUUCAUGAAAUGCUCCCCCGUUUUAGAUUUAGUUUGUGUUGGAAACGUGCACAGUUUCACUGUACAGGCCAGGCUUUGAAAAAGCUAGUUUUUGUUGUUGGUUUCUUUCUAUCUACAAACGUGAUAUUUUUGUAAGAGUACAUUUGCACAUUUGACAGGAUUGCCUUCUCGAGUGUUAGUUUGAAAACUUCUGCACUUUAUAAAAAAAAAGAGACAUCUUCGUGGUUUAUUUCUACAGAAAUUUUGUACAAAUCGUUGGAUAGGAAAAGAACAAACUUCUCAAUUUGUAUGGAUUUAUUUGGCAUGAUAACAGACCUCAAACUCUUGUAAUAUAGACUUCAUCUGGUUUAGGAAAAGACAAGUUGAAUCUCCCACUUUUUGAUGUGGAGGCUUUUGGUCGUGAUGCGAGAGAUUUUUAUUCCUCUUUUCAUAAAUAUGUAAUCUAUGUCAUGGAUAUUGCCACAAGCGUCAUAGGGCCAUGUAUCUUUCCUCCUAAUUGCAAUAUAGAAAUAAAGGAGGUGGAAGAAACACGACCUAGAUGUCUAUAUGUGGGACUGGGGUGAGAAGUAUGAGGUCACCAUGUAGUAGUUAGCUUAUGACCAGAUCUAAAAUGUCGCUGACUUGGGGCAGGGAUUAUCCCCACAGUCGAUUUCUCCAAAAGUGAAUGUCUUUGCUAUUCUCUAGUCUUAAUGCAUUAUCAAGUCUGACGACAGCUAGCGGAAGUCCUCGGAAAAUAAGAGGUCUGGGAAGGUAGACUAGCACUUGGUGGUACUGUGUGGGCUUGGAGAACCAUUCUCUGCUUAUUUUGGAGGGAGGUGCCGUGGACGGGUGGGCAGUUUACCACACUCUGAGCCACGAGGUCAAGGGUUCAAAUCCCGUGAGACUAAUGCAUUGUCAUUUGGCGAAACAUUGAUCUAGGUUUGCCACCCUCCACCCAGGUGCUCGGUUCUUGUAUUGAUGGGACUAUGUUAUGCAUUUUACCAAAAGCAGAAUGCUCUGAAGUCCCAAGUGCAUCUCGUUACCAGUCACCUGGGUAAUGAUGUACCGGAGAAGGCAAUGAAUACCAUAGGAAAAAAAGACCCACUCUCCAAACUCUAGCUAUCAUUACGACUCCUACCGCGCUGUUCUUAAGGCUUGGUAAAUGUAUGUGUAGUUUUUCUAUGUAGAUGAGAAUUUCAGGUAUUCUUUAAAUAUGCAAGAUCAUCAUGAAUUAAUUCUAAAUUAUGACCAUGUAUGUGUAUAACAGUAGAUUCAAUAUCAAUGAUAGGACGUCUGGGUAAGUUAUUCAAAGUUAUAUAUGUAAUUAUAUCUCGAUGUUGUACCAUGCAUUCUUUGCUAGAAUUACGUUUUUUUUUCAUCAUGAAUAUUACUGUGGUUGGAAUGGGAAAGAAAUGUGUUCUAUAAAUAAUUUCCCAUGGUUUUAAUUUUGAAAUUUGUACAGAUAUAACAUUGAUAGCAUGAGAAAAAUAAACUUUAGAAAGGAAAAAAAAAAUAAAAUGUAUGACAAUAAUGUACAAGUAGACUACAGAUAUUGUGAGGACAUUUCUUGUCAUAUAAUCAUUUUCUUGUACAAAUGUUUUUUUUUUAUUUGCCUGAACUAUAAAUAAAUCUUGUGUGAUAUAAUUUUUUUUUUUUGAAAACAAGGUAAAAAAGUGAGGUAAAUAAUACUGUGACUGUGUGUAGAUAUACGCAAACUUUUUAUUUUCAUGUUUAAUGGAACGGCAAAGUCCGACUUUGUUGUAUGCAGAUGGACUGGAGAGGGCGCUGCUUGUUGAAAACGUAGAAUGUGACGAGUAUAUCAGCCUCCGUUUGUUUGUUUGUCUCUAAGUCUUUAUGUGAGUAGCAAGAUAAAGGUUGAUGUAUCGAUAGACAUCUCUUUGAGAUCAUGCUAUGUAUUUCAACACUUAUUCCAUAGCGAACCAAGUUGGAAGCGACCGAUCGAUACCUAUAAUCUUAUCAAGAAAAUAGAUUUAAAUGUCAGUGGAUUGUCAGUUUUUUAAAUUAUUUUCAAUUGGUUUCUUUCCAUCUUACUCUGUUGUUAAUCUUUAAUUUAUGAUGAAUUAUAUGAAAGUUUUGGGUCGAGAAUCGUGUGCUUUAUUUUGAAAGUACCUUACCUGUUUUUAGGUAUCAUAGUUUAUGUUUAUGUUCACAUUUCCUUUUUUAUAUUAAGAGUGAAGUUAGCUGAAAGGAAGAGAAAUUAAAAAAAAAAGAAAAAAAGAUUGUCUGCCAUGGAGGAAGGAUGGAUGAAUGUAUUUUCUGAAGCAGGAGAAAAAAAAGUAAAUACACCAGACUUACGGUUGAUCUACUCCAAACCUUUGGGUAUUAGUUCAUAAGUUUCUUCACCAGGGGUCUGUAACACCAAAGCUCAGUGAUCGAUCGUAGGACUGAUUUGUGAAUGAUCGUUUGCAUUGAUCAGUAUGUGCAAUCGAUCGUAAAAGUCAAUGUUACGAUCAAUUGUAAAGCUUGGUGAUAUGGAUGUGCCAUGCUGCACGCUGAUUCUAUGCAAAUUCUAGUGGUGUUCGGUGUGUUUUAAGGGUGUUGGUUUGAUCCAUGUACGUCACAAUAUAAUUGCCAAAGUAUUCAUUACUCAUUUAUGUUUUGAUUUUGCCAGGCCACAAAUUCUUCGUUUGAUUUUAUCUGGUUUUGAUGUCAUCACAAAUGCUAGAAUUUUGUUUAGGAUUAUUUUCUUGUGUUCUGGUCUGCUUUUAUUUUGAAGUUUGUAGAUUUGUAUUAAUCCUUUUGAUAGCAAAUUCUGUGUAUAAAGAUCCCGAUAAAAAUCUAGGCUUUGAAACUGUUCUUGAAAUACACAUGGUCUUUGUGUGCUGGUUGCUAUAUUGUUGUAUUUGUGCAAGAACGCCCUUAAGCAAAACAUUUUCGUGCACCGCAUCGGUGCAGAAAAGCCCUUUUGCAUGCUGCUAAGGGUGUUUUUGCGCGCAUGUGUUGCUUGAAAAUGUGGUGUUAAGGGUAUUCUUCACAAAGGCAUUCUAUUCAAUAACGUAGAAAGUGGUCUUUAUAGUUUAACGUUCGGUAAAACACAUAUAUUUAUCAUUCAUUUUUAGUUAUGAAACCACACUCUAUCUGUGAAUCAAGUUAUACAGGGAAUUGUUCAAUAUCCAAUGAGAUAUAAUGCAAGUAUCGUGUAAAAUUAUGAACAUUUGUAAAAAAUGAGCGGAAAAAAAAUCACCCAUAAAUUUAGAGAAAUUAAAUUUACAGUAUCUCUCCUGCUUCAGAAUCUACUCGACUGCUACGUGUGAGCUUAGAAACAUUUUCUUUACUUGUUAGAUAUUACAAAUCAACAAUAUAUACUGCUGUCAUAUUUUGUAGGCUUAGACAGUUUGAAAUACUCAUGAUCAAGUAUAUAUCAUACAGUAAAAUGGUACUCUGACGGUGUAGCUAAUAAUACAUGCAGAUGGAAAUAGUGGGCUGUAGUUAUUUCCUCCUUUUUUUUAGGAAAGCAGGCUGUAGGCUAUGGGAUCUCUAGUAGAAUUGUAGAGAACGAUCGUGUGAGGGCAGCAGACACAGGGUCGCAGGCCAAUCGAGCCUUACCCUUGGAAGAACGAUGCAUCCAUCUUUGGGAUAGUCAGAGGACGUCUAUAAUCAUUCAAGAUUUUGUAAAAGACUGUAGGAUGAUCAAAGGUAACAUAAAAACAAGGGGAAUCGUGCAUCUAUUCAACAGCGAAAAAAAAGGGCAUGUAUUAUGUUCCUUUUUUUCCCGGUGAAGAGACUGAAAAGAGUAAUGUGUAUUAUUAUUAUUAUUAUGAAUAUUAUUAUGAUUGUUACUAUUAUGACUUCUACUCUGAAAAAGAUCUCUUUGGUGUUUAAGGACAAUAAAGGCUCACUUCCGACCGGAAGAAAGCAUA